CCGUGCUGGGCGGCAGCGUGCUAUUUCUGACCGCGAGCCGGCACGUCUGGCCGGUUAUUUAUUUAUCGCCUAAAUAUAACCCUAGGGUGGGGAUGGGAAGCUCGGCGUCGCCGGGAGCAGGGGUAUCGGCACCGGUGUCGCCAACCUCGUGCCCUUUGCCGGUUGAAACCGGCAACUCUCGCUUCCUGCCCGUGCGUCUUCCCAACCUACGUGCCGUGUCGGGUUUGCCAGGCCCAGACCACCCCCCCCCCAGUGCCGGUGACCACCGUGCCACGUCGGCAGCUGCCGGGUUCCACGGUAGUUUGUAGGAAGCCGGGGCCGUGGUUGGUGUUUUGCAAGGCCGGAAAAGCAGCCGGACACGGAGGGUCACGGCAAAGCUGCGCCUUUAAAGCCAUGUUCACGCACCGGAGGGUGGUUUUUUGGUGUGUUUAACCGGAGGCGGGCAACGGCACGCCCAGGGCGGCGCGUACGGCGAGGGCCGGGGUGCAGGGGCUGCCGCACGUCUGCCGCGGGCCGGGGACUGAGGCGCGAGCAUGGGGGGCCAGAGGGACAACUACUACGGCAAGCACGGGACCCCGCAGAAAUACGACCCGACUUUCAAAGGUCCCAUCUACGACAGGGGCUGCACGGACAUUAUCUGCUGCGUCCUGCUGGUCAUCGCCAUCGUGGGCUACGUGGUGGUGGGCGUCGUCGCCUGGACGCACGGGGACCCCCGGAAGGUGAUCUACCCGACCGACAGCCGCGGGCAGUUCUGCGGGCAGCAGGGAACCCCCAACGAGAAUAAACCUUUCCUCUUUUACUUCGACAUCGUGAAGUGCGCCAGCCCGCUGGUGCUGCUGGAGUUUCAGUGCCCGACCACGCAGAUCUGCGUCAGCAAAUGCCCGGACCGGUACCUGACGUACCUGAGUGCCUCCAGCGGCUACACGCCCAGCGACCUGGAGUAUUACCGGCAGUUCUGCGUCCCCGAGUUCAAAGACCUGCAGAAGGCUGCCAUCGAGGUGCUGAAGGACAAGGAAUGCCCAGCCAUGCUUAUCCCCAGCACCCCACUGGCACGGCGAUGCCUCCCGGCCAUCCAGGCCAAGAAGGGCGUCAUCAUGGUCGGCAACGAGACCACCUACGACGACGGCCACGGGCGCCGGAGGAACGUGACCGAGCUGCUGGAAGGGGCCAAAAAAGCAAACUUGGUCCUGGAAGCCAGACAACUGGCCAUGAAGAUCUUUGAAGAUUACACGGUUUCCUGGUACUGGAUAAUAAUAGGUCUCGUGAUCGCGAUGGUGGCCAGCUUCAUCUUCAUCGUCCUGCUCCGUUUCCUGGCCGGGAUCAUGGUCUGGGUGAUGAUCGUGAUGGUGAUCCUGGUGCUGGGCUACGGAAUCUUCCACUGUUACAUGGAAUAUGCAAAAUUAAAAGGGGAAGCGGGUUCUGACAUCUCCCUGAAGGACCUGGGAUUUCAGACGGACCUACGCGUCUACCUCCACCUGCGGCAGACGUGGCUGGCGUUCAUGAUCAUCCUGUGCGUCGUGGAGGUGGUGAUCAUACUGCUGCUCAUCUUCCUCCGCAAGAGGAUCCUCAUCGCCAUCGCGCUCAUCAAGGAGGCCAGCAGGGCUGUUGGUCACAUCAUGAUGUCGCUGCUGUUUCCGUUGUGCACCUUCUUCCUGCUGUGUCUCUGUAUCGCCUACUGGGCCAGCACCGCCGUUUUCCUCUCCACCUCCAACGAGGCAAUCUAUAAGGUGUUUAACGAGACCGCGUGCCAGUUUUCCGGGCAGACCUGCAAACCGGAGACCUUCAACACGAGCAACGUCACCAAGCUGUGCCCCGACGCCCAGUGCCUCUUCGCGUUCUACGGGGGCGAGACGGCGUACCACAAGUAUCUCAUCGUCCUCCAGUUCUUCAACGUCUUCAUGUUCUUCUGGCUCGCCAACUUCGUGAUCGCACUGGGCCAGGUGACGCUGGCGGGGGCCUUCGCAUCAUACUACUGGGCCUUCAAGAAACCCGAUGACAUGCCCGCCUUUCCCCUCUUCUCUGCCUUUGGCCGCGCACUCCGGUACCACACCGGCUCGCUCGCCUUCGGCUCUCUGAUCCUCGCCAUCGUCCAAGUCAUCAGGGUCACUUUGGAAUAUCUGGACCACAGGUUAAAAGCUGCAGAUAAUAAGUUUGCCAAGUUCCUCCUGAGCUGCCUGAAGUGCUGCUUCUGGUGCCUGGAAAAAUUCAUCAAAUUCCUCAACAGAAACGCAUACAUCAUGAUCGCCGUGUAUGGCACCAACUUCUGCACUUCCGCCCGGAACGCGUUCUUCCUGCUGAUGAGGAACAUCAUUAGGGUGGCUGUUUUAGAUAAAGUCACGGAUUUCCUCUUCUUCCUCGGUAAACUCCUCAUCGUGGGAAGCGUCGGAAUCCUUGCCUUCUUCUUCUUCACCCAACGGAUAAAGCUGGUCCAAGACACAGCGCCGUCCCUGAAUUAUUACUGGGUCCCUAUUCUGACGGUGAUCGUGGGUUCCUACCUCAUUGCCCACGGGUUCUUCAGCGUGUACGGCAUGUGUGUGGACACCCUCUUCCUCUGCUUCUUGGAAGACCUGGAGCGUAACGACGGUUCGGCCGAAAAGCCUUACUUUAUGUCGCCCGACCUGAAAAAGCUCCUGAAGAAAACGAACAAAGGUCAGCCGGACGCCUAGAGCCUGCCCUCUUCCUUUCCGUGCCUCCUCUUCCCAUUCCCUCUCCGGGAGAAGAGCUGCAGGAUAACGCCUGGCAUUCAGCAUCGUUUGUCCCACGUGGAAAUCUCGUUAAUGAACCUGAACCGCUGUCUCCUUUACCCCGGCGGCGGUCAAGCAGCAGAAGGGGGGGCGUUCGCUAGAGAGAGGAAUGGGUUAUUGUUAAUGAUUCAACCUUAAAUCGUCGGGGUUGCUAAACGAAGACCACUCCAGUGUGUCUGCUUCCGCAGAACUCGUCACGGUUAAUGUUCCGUUGGUCCCCAGCCAGCUCAAAUACUGAGCUGGGGAGUUCCUGGUCGAAUCCUGCCAGCGCGGGUGCUGAUAAAAGCAGCGGGGAAAUGUCUCUGACGCAGGGCAAAGUUCUGUCUUCCAGGGUGUCAGCCGACACCUAAAUGAGUUUAAUUGGAUUUAGUCAUUUUAUUUCAUACCUAUAAAAAAGAUGUUACCUUCGGGUCAGCUGAGUUCAGCCGUUCCUUAACGCCCGGGUAAAUCCAGGCGCUAAUGACCAGCGAACAAGCUGACGGGUUUAAGCAGCUCCUCAACUUGUUUUUUUCAUUUGCAUCCCCCCAAAAAAUAUUUUAUUGCAGUUGUUGAUUCCCACCCAGAGAGCCGAAACGUGCCGAAAUCGCCUUGGUUCUCUUGCCAGCCUUUGGAGACGACUCAGGGCCCGGCUUUGGGGUUGUGCUGAGCACGUUUAGACAAUUAAUUCUUUUAGAAAUACACCAAUUAGUGUUCUAGCCACGCACAAAGGGUGAAGGUGGAGGGAAAUAUAAGGGGUUAAAGAGCAGGAAUCUGGGACGGACGCUCUGUACAGUUAUUGCAGCUUUCUAGAAGGACUGACAGCUUCUACUGAUUCCUCCUGAAAAAAUCCCGCUUUAUGUAUUAAAAAAACCCCCAUAAUUUACAGCAAAGUCGAACAAAAUGAGCGAGUGGUGCUUUGCCUGUGUGAUGAAUUUAGCAAGACCCCACCUGCGGGCAUGGGAAAGGAGUAAUGUGUGUGUAUAUAUAUAUAUAUAUUUUUUUUUUUAGGUUACUAUUCGGUAAUUUUAAGCAAACCAAAUGACAAACAACAGGUUGCCUUACGUCCUUGGAUGCUGUGGUGUUGCCUGGACUUGUAGCUGAUUGCUGUUUUUAAUGGGAAGGUCCAGAUGUUUGCCAGCUCCUGUCAGAAGGAAAAGGGGAGGUUUUUGAGAAAUAGCUUAAAGGGGGGGUUAAAUAUCACUAACACACAAAUGUUAAACCCCAAACUUAACAAAAUUAAAAGACCUCCUCUGAUACACGCAGCUGCUGAAGUGUCCUUUGAGCAACAGGAGGCUCGCCCGGGUAUAGUCGCCACCACAAAUUGUACUUUUUUGUGGUUAUUUUGUUUAAAAACGGAUGCACCGAGGCUUUGGUGGACAAUUUUUAACACCUCCCAAAGCCCGGGGGGGGGCGGCCAGCGGGAGGCUUGUGGGGUCACAUGCACCUCCCUGCCUUACAAAGGGCAAACCCUCUUUAUGGCAAACGUUUAAUUUGUGCUAAAGGAUAUAUUUUGCUUCUUUUAUACUUAUUUCUUAGGAAUCUUUAGAUCCCUGCAGUAUUUUUGUAAGAUCCAAGGAAUGUUUUCUAUCUGAAUGAUUAAAUGGGUUGGGGGGGGGUUUGUAUAUUUUGCUUUUACUAAUUGUUUCAGUUCUGUAGCCGCUAUUUCGACCUCUUCCUGUACUAUUUUCGUGACAGAUUUUGAAAUAUCUACCUGGCAGCACGUAACCGCCCUGGCCCGGGGCGGCACAGCACCGCUGACGUCUCCCUAAGCUGAUCGCAGGUGUAGAUCUUUGCUUGCUGGAAUAAAACGCCAUCAUUUCUCUAAAACGCCUUUUUUUUUUUUUUUCCCCCCUCGCAUUUCGAUGUAGCCGGUCCAACGCUCGGGGGGGGAGAGCUGAAAGGUAAAGCUAAAAAGGUGAAGGUAAAGGUUAAAGCCAAAAAGAAAAGGUAAAGAGGAGAAUCCUCUCAGUUUGGGAUAGAGAGUAAGUGGGAAUAAUUAAGGGAAUAAUUACAGGAAUAUAUUCAGUUUAUGGCUAUGCUAGCACCAACGAGAGAAUAUUUUCUGCAGCCUGAUGCUGGUCCUGAAUUAUUUUGAUUUUUUUUUUUUCUCCUCUCCCAUCCUUGCAUAGGUUUUGAGGUGGUUUGUUUUAUCUCCCCUUUUGAAAUUUUUGUGUAGAGGUAAGUCUACUCUCACUCCUCGACUUUAGCUGUUCUCUUUUUAUAGCAAGACACUUUGGUUGCGGAAAUGCCAUCUGAAAUAGCAGAGGACCAUCAGUAACUCGAUUUAUUUGCAUAAACAGCCAAUAUACAGUAGAGAUUUUUAGGUCUGGAAAUACAAAUGUUGAAAGAGAGAAUAAAUUUAGCAAAAUGCUUUCUUUGGGAUGCGGGGCUGGCUCUGCUGCGUUCUGUAAACUCGGUAGUUGAGGGGCAGAAUUACGAUUCCUAUUUCCAAUAAGCCGAAGCAGCAGCUGGCUUUUCGAAACUGAAAGCUACACGCGCUGUCCUCGCCGAGAGCUUUGGAAAGCAGAGAGGCAAAUCUUCCAGUAAAUAAGGGGUUUUUUGGGGGGAGAAAAAAAAAAAAAAAAUCAGAGCCACUCAGGCAAGGUGGUAUUUUAGUGUUCAGAAAGGCUCCACUGUGAUUUGGGAUCUUUCUUUCUGCAAGCGUGGACUGAUCCGUGCACGUGGAGCAUGCCUCCCAUGUAAAGCUGUGUAUUUAAAGGCAUUAAUUUGUCCGUCUUUAGGAAUAAAUCGCGCUCUUUUCUGUAUCGAGAUGCAACUCUUGUCCCUAGAAACUGCACGUGCUCCGAAUUGUUCCCUGAAUCGGGCCAGGGCAAGUAAAAAAAAAAAAACCCAAACCUUUUAAAAAAUGCUAAAAACUGCAGGGCUGAUGUUCUACAAUAAAAUUUCCUUCUUUUUAAAUGUAUUUCUGAGGCAUUAACUACUCCUACUAUGCACCAGGGCUCUUAUGCAAGGAUAUACCUCCGGCAGGAGCAUCCACGCGCGUUCCCGAUGUCAUGCGCGACGGUUCCAUCGAUGUCAGCAUUGCAACCACAAAUAAAAGUGCCUGUUUAGACCUU